GCUGGUUUAACGUCCUGACAUUUACUACCCAACAACACCGAGGGAGUAACUACAUGCAGCACGUGGACGCGGUAGUUCACUAACACAGUUUACCGCCGCCUUUUCAGGACAAUUUAGUGAUGGACAAUAAAUGCUGCUGCUACCUCAAUUCCGUGACUGAAACAAAGUUUGAAGGCAGCAAACGAGCAAUAAUGAGAGAGCUCUUGACAGUUAAGAAUCGCACAUUUUGUAGAAGGCGGUAUGACAAUGAGGACCUCUCAGACGAUGACAUAGCCAGCAUGAGGACUUUUGAUGUGGAGGAAAAGCUUAGUAUUGCCUCAUACAAUUCAAGUUACGUGCACUUUAUGAAAGGAAAAGAUUUUACCCUUGAAUAUGUGCAGAGAGAGACUAUCAAGGUCCCCAUUAUCUUCAGGGACAAAGAUGGUCUAGGAAUCAAAACACCAGAUAGUGAUUUCAGUGUCAGGGAUGUAAAACUGUUUGUUGGGAGUCGCCGUGUUGUGGAUGUCAUGGAUGUGAGUACCCAGAAAGGAAUUGAGAUGAGUAUGUCACAAUGGGUUAAAUACUAUGAAACACCAGAAAUGGAAAGAGAGAAGCUCUAUAAUGUCAUCAGCCUGGAAUUCAGUCAUACGAAACUUGAGAAUCUGGUCAAACGGCCCAAUGUGGUGGACUUGGUGGACUGGGUGGACAACGUGUGGCCGCGACAUUUAAAAGAGAAGCAAAUGGACUCCACAAAUGCAAUAGCAGAAAUGAAAUAUCCAAAAGUUCAGAAGUACUGCUUAAUGAGCGUCAAAGGGUGCUACACAGAUUUUCAUAUUGAUUUUGGUGGCACUUCUGUCUGGUAUCAUAUUCUUCGAGGAGGGAAGGUAUUCUGGUUAGUUCCCCCUACAUCGCACAAUCUGGAGAUUUAUGAAGAGUGGGUCCUGUCGGGAAAGCAAGGUGAUAUUUUCCUUGGGGACAGAGUGGACGGAUGCCAACGGAUUGAGUUAAAACAGGGAUACACAUUUUUGAUCCCUUCAGGAUGGAUCCAUGCCGUAUACACGCCAGUAGAUACGCUGGUUUUCGGUGGAAAUUUCCUGCACAGCUUUAAUAUUCCUAUGCAACUUCAUAUCUAUGGGAUUGAGGAUCGAACUCGGGUUAAUGCCAAGUUCCGCUAUCCUUUCUACUAUGAAAUGUGCUGGUAUGUCCUGGAAAGAUAUGUGUUCUGUUUGACGAAAAGGUCUCAUCUCACCAAACAAUACCAGAGGGAAUCAAUGUUAAUUGAUACAGAGAAGAAACCAAAUACAGAGAGUCCAUCAUCAGAUUCCCGACUAGAUAUGGAUGAAGAAUCUUCUGAUGUGCGAAUCAAGGAGGAGAAAGAUGACACGAAAGAUAGAAUGAGCCUUCAAAGCACAAAAGCAUUUGGUGAUGACUCACCUUCUCCUAACAGUGCACAUUCGGAAGAGAAUGAAAGCUCUGGAAAGACACAGAAAAUGACAAAACGUUUAAAGCGGACUUUAUCCAAUGAUUCAGAUGACAGCACCAAGUCACCGAUGCUGACAGACUGUCCAAAAACACCAAGUGGAUCUCCUGACCCAUCUCAACCAGCUUCUGAAGGGUCUAAUAAAUGGAUUCACCUUACAGAAUUUGAGUUGAAAGGGUUAAAAGCACUUGUGGAAAAACUAGAGUCCUUGCCAGAGAAUAAAAAAUGUGUCCCUGAAGGGAUAGAAGAUCCUUAUGCCCUUCUCGAGGAUAUGAAGACUGUGCUGGAGGAACAUGCUGAUGAUGAUCAGAAGCUGGCUAUCACCGGGGUCCCAAUUGUAACAUGGCCAAAGAAGACAGUGAAGCAUAGAGCAGUAGGAAGACCAAAAGGAAAGCUUGGAACUUCUGCAGCUGUGAAGCUUGCUGCAAACCGGGCUACAGCUGGAGCACGCAGGAGGAGAACAAGGUGUCGAAAAUGCGAGGCAUGUCGAAGAACAGAAUGUGGGGAGUGCCAUUUCUGCAAGGACAUGAAGAAGUUUGGAGGACCAGGGAGAAUGAAGCAGUCCUGUAUCAUGAGGCAGUGCAUUGCUCCGGUCCUGCCACAUACAGCAGUCUGUCUCAUUUGUGGAGAAGCAGGAAAGGAGGACACUGUGGAAGAAGAGGAGGAAAAGUUCAAUUUCAUGCUGAUGGAAUGCUCAAUUUGUAAUGAAAUUGUGCAUCCUGGCUGCUUAAAGGUACAGGAUGGAGAUGGAGUUGUCAAUGAAGAGCUUCCAAACUGCUGGGAAUGUCCAAAGUGUAACCAUGAGGGAAAGACAGGGAAAAGGGCGGCAGCUUCAUCGUUACAUGGAAGGAGCAACCACCCCAAAUUUAACAAUGACGGCACUAAAACCAGCAAUGAGACAAGUACCUUCAUGACAGUCGCUCGGUUCCACGUCCUGAAACUACAGCAACAUGUCCGACCUCUCGGUGCCAGAGACUCAAGAGCUCGACCACAGUCCGAAAAACCGUCAGCCGCUCUCGCGCCACCGCCGCGGCUGCGCACAACGGACACCCGAAAAGGGGGCGGGCCAACCUGGACUAACUGA